GAAUACUCUUCAAUUAUUGCACAAGAUGGCCGCAUGGGAAGAAGUUUCUGUAGCGAAAAAUGAAAAACGCCGGGAGCUUGUUCUACAGGGAAAGACAAUUAGUGAAAGAAUAGACAAGAAAGGUCUUGAUACUAAUAUAUUCAAAUUGACCACCCUUAAUUACCUUGAAAUAUCAGGAACUACGCUGUCAAGUCUGGAAUCUGGUGUCGGCGAAUUGACCAGCUUGACAUCACUGCUGUUGUGCAAUAACAAGUUGACAUCUCUUCCAGCAGACAUUGGCAAACUUGUGAAAUUGAAGAUACUCAAUCUUUCAAAUAACCAUUUAGAGAAUAUACCUCCUGAAAUAAGUACGCUGUCAGAGUUGGAUACUUUGAAUGUUAGCAUGAACAGAUUGACAGAAAUUCCCUCAGUAGAAAAAUUGAAGUGUCUUCAUGUAUUUAACGCAGCAAACAACAAACUAACAUCCCUCCCUGAGGGUCUCUUUGAUUCAGAGCUUGUCCAUCUAAGUCAGAUUUUAGCGAGUGAUAAUGAAAUCACAGAUUUAGCACCAGAAGUUUCAGACUUGCCACAUUUAAAUGUUUUAGAUCUUUCUAAUAACAAAUUAACUGUUGUAUCCACAUCAUUGAGUAUAUGCCCGAAACUGAAGGAUUUGAAUCUUAAAGGUAACAAACUGAAGGAUAGAAGGUUUGGUAAAAUGGUUGAGCAAUGUCAAACCAAAGCCUGUUUGGAAUAUCUCCAUAAUCAAUGGAAAAAGGAAAACCAGAAAGCUGGUAAAGGUGCUAAAGAUAAUGAGAAGAAAAAGAAGAAGAAAGGCAAAAAGAAUGAGGAGACUGAAGAUGUAGAAAAAGAUUCAAUAUCUGUAAAAUCUUACCCGAAGGAUGACACUGGAGUUGAAAUAAAGGUGUUACCAGCUGUUUCAAGUGUGCGUCCAUACAUAGUGUGCUGUGUGAUAAGAAAUCUUGAUCUUUCCAGCAAGUUCAAAGAAUUUAUAACAUUACAGACAAAACUUCAUGAUACAGUGUGCCAGAAGCGACAGGCAGCAACAAUUGCAACACAUGACCUGAAAAAUGUCAAAUUACCAUUGACAUACAAUGCAAUGUAUCCUCAACUGUUAAAGAUUGUACCAUUGUUCAAACAUAAGGAAGUCUCUGGAGAGAAGUUAGUUGAAGAUUUAAGAAAAGAGGCUGAAGAAUUAAGAAAGGAAAAGAAGAGGAACACUUUUUCUGGAAUACACAAGUAUUUGGAUCUAUUGGCAGACAAAACUCAAUACCCUUGCCUGGUUGACAAAGAAGCUAUCGUUAUUUCAUUCCCACCAAUAACUAACAGCGAUAAAACUAAGAUCUGUAUGGAGACCACAGAUAUACUGGUUGAAGUAACGAGCUCCACAAGUCUCGACACUUGUAAAAAGAUCAUGGAUGAGUUGCUCUAUAAAAUGUUAGCUGCCGGAAUAGCCAGUAAAACCAUACCAAAGGCAGCUGGUGCCACGGCCAAGGGAGGCGACUCUGAAAGUGAGGACAGCGACGAGGGAGUGGUGUUCCAGAACCUGAGGUUGACCUCGGCAAUUAAGACGCUGAUUGUCGAGCAGGUCAAAGUCGUAGAUUCAGAGGAUACGUUAAAAGUGCUGUACCCAUCAAGAACUGAUCUUUCCUCGGAUUUGAUUGAGGUUGUACGUGAAUAAAACAAAUAGGAAAAUCAAAAUUAAACAUGAAACAGUAAUAAUGGAAAAGAACUACUUCUUUGGUUAAGACUUAUUAAGGUUAUCAUUUAUUUCAAUGUAAUCUUGAAUACAAGAAUUUUCAAAUGAAUGCUAAGAUGCAUAUAUACAUGUUAUUGGUAAAAUAUUGAUUGUUGUAAUAACUAUUGUAAUGCAAAAACUUCCCACUUUUACAAACCCAUAACUUGUAAACAUUGAACUGUUAAUGUGCUAUUAAAGUAAAAGAGCUUUUUUUUGGGUUUGGUUAAUAUUUCCAUUCUGCUGCACAUCUCUCCUAAAUUCAUUGAAGGAUAUUUAUGUUUAAAAUAUAAUGAUUGUCACAUUUUGAGGACAUGCAGACAGGCAAUCUCAGUGUCUUAAGCUGCACAAUUUCUGGACAAAUUCCAUAUUGGUUCUUAACUUCUAAAUCUCUUUAACCCAUAAAUCCCAGUCUUUUGUGAAUGGGUCCAGGGAACUUUAGGCACGGUAUUGCCAUUAUUUAUAAAUAUAGGCAGACCUAUAUCAUAGUAAUCAUACUGUUAAAAUUUAGCUACUAAAUGGGGAAAAGGUUGAAAUAAUGUGUUGGAAAUGCCUUGAUUAAUAACCUUAUUAGAUAAAGUCCAGAAGCUUUUAUGUUUCAAGUCCUUGACAAUUAUGUGAGUAAUUGCAAUUCGAUUUUGAAGUUUUCAAGUAAAUUUCACUUAUUUUACCAAUUGAAGAUUUCUAUGAAUAUAAAUUUUUAUCAUGUAUCCAAGAAAUUUUACAGAACUUAAAAUUAGAAAUUCAUAAAUAUUUAAUUUCAAAGAUGUUAAUUUUGCUAAAUUUUGACCUCACAAAAAUAUCUGCUACUAAAAAUUUUAUGUUAGUGAUUUUUUUUUCAACUGAAAUUGUAUGUAUGUCGUAUUAUUCCUACAACUUGCUAUGUGUCGGUCUUUAAAAUAAAUUCUUCUGCAAUAUCACAA